UAAUUUCUUUUCUUUUUUUGUUUAGCAAAAAACACUUACAUAUACAAUGAAGGAAUAUUUAGCUGAACAUGGCGAUGUUAUCAAAUUUAUACUCAAUGCUAGUGCUUGUUUGCAUCUCAGUGCUGUACCACGAACGAGUGCGUGCAUAUUGUACCAUAAAGUGAUCAAACAGAAGAAAGAGCGAAGAGAGAAUGAUCUCGACAAAUAUCUUAUCGCUGCUACAUGUUUGUAUAUAGCCGCCAAACUUGAAGAAGAACCCCAAAAGGUUCGUGAUGUCGUAAAUGUUUGUUACCGCCUUACUCAUCCUGACAAAGAACCCUUGGAAAUAGGCAAGUCAUAUUGGAAUCUUCGAGACAGUAUCACAACAUGCGAACUUAUAUUGAUGAGAUUGUUUCAAUUCAACCUCUGCUUUGAAACACCUCAUAAGUACCUUCUUCAUUUCAUCAAGUUACUUCGGGAUUGGAGCGAUGACAUUCAGCGUUGGAAAAAAGUUAAUGUUUCACAAAUCUGCUGGAACCUUUUAAAUGACUCAUGCCGUCUUCCUCUGAUUGCAGAAUGUCGUCCAGAGUUUGUAGCUACUGUUAUAAUUUUUAUCUCGCUGAAAACUACCUUGCUCGAUGUACAGGAAAGCGAAGAAGGAAAACACUGGUAUGAGGUAUUUUCUCCUGGCACCACUAGUGAACAGUUGGAGCGUAUUUCCUGUCAAAUACUGGAGAUGUAUGAAUAAUCAGUUGUUACAACGAAGGAGAGCUUACAAUGUAUCCGACGUAAUGAAGAAAACGAAACAAUACGCGGUUGUUGUACCAAAGUUCAAAUCCAAAAGAUGACAGACAUUCAGAAAGACAAGGAUUAUAUUCGUACAAGUAUACUUCAAGUUCCUCUACGCACCUAGUCUACCAUUUCUAUAAAUUACAUAUUCAUUACGUCAUCACAACUUUAUUCAAUAAAUAUUCUUCCUGCUAAUAACUAUGUGGACUCUCCUCCACCUGUUUUAAUUAUCAGUUAUUUCAUUAUUUAAACUUGAAAAAUGAAAUCAACAAGUGAGAAGAGCGGCAUGGUGAUUUGGUGUCAUACGCUUUAUUAAACUUUACCACAGUUUAAAACAUUGUAUGGAUUCAUUCUUUAGGUAUCAAGUAAUGAGAUUACUUUCUAUUCCUUUUAAUCUCAUUAAAAAUUUUCAUUCCGCGGUUUUUCUUGUAUGACUACAACACUCCUUCGUAGUUUUUCUUUCAGAAAGAACUUUGUUUUAAUCAACGUAGGAGUAAAAUACAAAUGCUGUAAUCUGUCUAAAGUCGUGUGAUGAUGUAAUUAUUAGUGAACGAGACACAAGACGCUUGUUACACGAAAUACUGUUGAUACUGGUGAUUAUGGAGAGGAUUAAGUUUUAAUAUACACAUACAUAUUAUUCCUUAGAAGUUUGACACUUUAUUUUGAUCUGUGUUUGUUUUUGAAUUAAUGAAUCGACUUCCAUUUUUACGAGAUUGAAAUGACUUUUUACUUUGAGUUAUAAACAUUGUUCAGCUAUGAUAUUUUACUCUUUUUUUUCCAUAAUUUUAUUUCCGUUUUAAUGUGUUGAGGUUUAAUAACAACAUUAUGACGUCAGAUAAUGUGUGCUACAUCGAUACAUGAAUACGAAAAGGUUAUUCUUAGGAGGUCGAUAUUUCUUACUUUUCUUUUGUUUUGUCGUCGUCGUCGAUGUUGUUGUUGUCGUCGUCGUUGUUGUUGUCGUUGUCGUUGUUUUUGUCGUCGUUGUUGCUGUGGUCGUCGUUGCUGUGGUCGUCGUUGUUGUUGUCGUCGUUGUCGUCGUCGUUGUUGUCGUCGUAGUUGUCGUCGUCGUCGUUGUUAUUGUCGUCGUUGUUGUUUUUGUUUUCUUUUGUAAAACCAGGGAGUUAACUUUUAUAUAAUUUAGAGUCUUUUAUUUAAUUUACCAAUCUCAUAUUAAUUUUCGGUUCGUGA